AUUGUUUGCAUCAUAAAAAAUAAAAAAAUGUUGGGUGCGUUGAUUGUGUUGCAUUGUAGAACAUUUUUCACCGGGCUGGCGUUAUGACGUUUGCAAAGAGACUGAAAACAGCAAACACAAACAUUUCGGUAAGCACCACCGUACCAGCUUGUGCGAGAAACUAGGAAAAUUGGUGUGUAAAAAGUGUCUGUGCCUCAAGAAGUGUUAUGCUUAGUUAUCGUCGUGUAGUUUACCACGAACCUACCAUAUCGUUGUUGUAAAAUCGGUUCAGAAUGAGUGCCAAAAAGUAUCUGAAGAUGCCCGCACAGCAGCCGACGCAGCCUGCGGCCAAAACAGAAAAGGAAGAGAAACUGUGGAAUGCACUGAAAAGACACAUUAUGCGAGAACGUGAACGUAAAAAGCAAGAGCUUGAAGCAGAGGUAGAGGAGGAACGGCUUCGAAGGGAACGAGAGGAACGGGAAAAGCAGGACGUGAUGACGCUUGGCGAAACGAAGGAACAGAUACUGAUGCUCGAGAAAAACUUGCACGAGCUACGGAACGAAAAACAGCAGCUGUUUUUGCAGCUAAAGAAAGUGCUGAACGAGGACGAUAAUAGGAAGCGGCAGAUGAAAGACGAGAUGUUUGCCAUCCAAAAUAUUCCACAACAGAUCUUUCUACCCCAGCGGCCGAUGCCACCGCAUCAGCAGCACAUGAUGCACAAAGUGAGUCCACCUGAAGUUCUCCUUUCGUCGGAACGCAUAUUCACCGACGCUUACCCCACCUUGCAGGGCAAUCCGCAGGUGCAUGCGUCGAAACGCACGCACAGCCCUUCACCGUCGCAGCACAUUCAGGGCUACUAUAAGCAGCCCAAUCCCAACAAUCAACCUUACCCGCCGCCGCAGAAGAUCGAGGAAGGUAGACGGGGCGGAGAAGUGGCCCGUGCCGUUUUGUGGAACAAAUCGCAAUACUGUCCGCCGGUUGGCUUCUAUCCAGCCAACCCACCAUCGAUCCUGCAGGACGGCCGGCAGCCGCAGCCGCAGAUUUUGUACCCCUAUCAGAGCAGUCUAACGAUCCCGAUGCGCCAGUACGUGGACAUAGCAACGCAACCGGGACCCCCGCAGCCACAACCGAAACCCGAACAGCUGGUGCUUAGCGGGAAGGUGGGACCGAUGCCGCCGUCCCAGGCAACGAUUUACCACAUUAAUCUGGAUCAAACGGCGGCCGCGAUCCACAGCCAGCAGCCGCCACCGCAGAUGAAAACGAUCACGAUCGAGAAGAUACCGCAGGAGCGCAUCGUGCCGUAUCACAUCGAACUGGGCAAGCACGACGACCGGAAGGAUCUGCGCCAGCUGCAGGGUCCGCUGGGUCAGCCGGCGCCGCCGGGUGUUGUGGCCACGCAUCUGCCGGAGGGGAUCGUUUACGCGCAAAGUCUACGCCCCGGUGCUAUACAGAUGCACACGAUUGCUACCAAUCAGCAACUACCGAAGGGCGGCAGCAUUACGCAGGGGUACCCAUCGGCGAGACCACCCCCGAUCAGCAAUCCUCAGCAACCGCCCCCUUCGCAGAUGCAUUACAAUCGUCACCGUUACUAGGCACAUGAACCGGGCCUUGAUUGAGCCUGUUAAGUGGGUAAUAUGAGCAGUAAAAAAAAGUUAAAUCUCUCUAACGCCCUCUGCAACCACGUAACGUAACCCAUUUGCGAGGCAUUCGUGGCUCUAGCUAUGUUUCGAAGGUAACUUUUUUAAUCUUUUCUCCUGGGUAGGAAUAGCAAGUACGCAAGCAACGUUGCAAUGAUUAGAGUAAUAAAUUUGUCCUUACGAAUUGGG